AUGUCAGCGCUCCGACCUGUCGUACUAAGUGGCCCUUCAGGUGCUGGAAAGAGUACACUGCUGAAGAAGCUUACAGAAAAUUACCCUACAUGCUUUGCAUUUAGCGUUUCUUGCACGUCACGCAAACCGAGAGAGGGUGAAGUGGAUGGCAAAGACUACCAGUUCGUCUCGGUCGAAGAUAUGAAGCGGGGCAUUUCCGAAGGGAAGUUCCUUGAAUACGCAACGUUUGCUGGAAACAUGUACGGGACGCCGCGCGAGGCCGUCACAUCGGUGAGUUGGUUUAUUUACUGGCUAUAUAACACUAGUAUAGCAUAUAGUUAUAUAGUAUUAGUAACCAUAAGUCGAAUGUUUCGCCGAACUACACAAUUCGAACUUUGUUUAACUUUUAAUGUUCCUUCAAUAGUAGCCUCAUGA